UGGCGUUCUUUUUUUCUGAAAUCUAAUUUUAACCCUUUGUGUGGUAAAAAACCUGAUUUUAUAUUAGCUAGACUCAAUCAAUCAAUCAAUCUAAUCCCUUCUUGUGAAAACUACGCAGAACCUGAAAACUCAUCGAUCGCUAUUACUGCAAUUGUCGACAAACUAUAUCUCUGUAUAUAUGUAUCUAUAUCUAGGGAAAAAUGGGAUUAUUUAAAAAAUUAGCGGGCUUUCUAGGGUUUGUGAGGGAUGAAGGGCAGAUUGAAGACGCUGAAUCGGCCGCUCAUGCUAGUAUAUCUUCAUCAGGCGUUGCUGCUGCUGCUACUGCAGUUCCAGUUCAGCAUCUACCCCGUAAAGGCUUCAGUGUACCGGUUCAAGUGGCUGUCGAGCGGGCCCAGUUGGGUCCCGUCAUUGUUCCUUGCAAUUCCGGCGAAGGCGGCCUUCAGGGCCUGAGAUGGUACGCAAGACGCCUUAGAAUAGAUGAAGAUGGAGAUGUUGCAGAUGAAUUUCUUGAUGAGGUACCGGCAGAUACGUUCCCGAACACUGAAAAUCAUAACAAGAAAUUGCCGAGGUUUGAAGUUAAGUACAGCACUAAGCCUGCCAAGGUGAAGAGUCAGGUACUUUUACCUGAUGGUAAAAUUCAACAGCAAGUGGAAUACCAAGGCAGAUUAGAGUGGGUCUAAAUCUUAGCCUUAGGUCCUCUUCAAGACAGUUUUUCAGCAUAUUGAAGGCUGCCCUACUGUUCUUCUUACAUAUCCUAGAUCAUGAUUGAAUUAGUUAAAUUAAAGUGUACUGUAACUUUUCUUGUGUUUUAAGGUUUUCUGAGUGCGAUUCAUUAGGUUUUUGAGGGGAAAAAAUGUAAAACACAUUGUGAACUGGUUUUUAUUGAAUGCCCUUGUACAAUGCAAAGUUGUAACCAUUACAUCCUAUAAUGUUUGUGAAAGAAUUGGUUUUUAAUGA